AUGAGGAUUACUUGCAGACAAAUUGUCUUGUUAUUUUCUGGAUUUUGGGGACUCGCCAUGGGAGCCUUUCCGAGCAGCGUGCAAAUAGGUGGUCUCUUCAUCCGAAACACAGAUCAGGAGUACACUGCUUUUCGAUUAGCAAUUUUUCUUCAUAACACCAGCCCCAAUGCGUCAGAAGCUCCUUUUAAUUUGGUACCUCAUGUGGACAACAUCGAGACCGCCAACAGCUUUGCUGUAACAAAUGCUUUCUGUUCCCAGUAUUCCAGAGGAGUAUUUGCCAUUUUUGGACUCUAUGAUAAGAGGUCAGUACACACCUUGACCUCAUUCUGCAGCGCCUUGCAUAUCUCCCUCAUCACACCAAGUUUUCCUACUGAGGGGGAGAGCCAGUUUGUGCUGCAGUUAAGGCCUUCCUUAAGAGGAGCCCUCUUAAGUCUGCUGGAUCACUAUGAAUGGAACUGUUUUGUAUUCCUGUAUGACACAGACAGGGGAUACUCGAUUCUUCAAGCUAUUAUGGAAAAAGCAGGACAAAACGGUUGGCAUGUCAGCGCUAUAUGUGUGGAAAAUUUUAAUGACGUCAACUACAGGCAACUUUUAGAAGAACUUGAUAGAAGACAAGAGAAGAAAUUUGUAAUAGACUGUGAAAUAGAGAGGCUUCAAAACAUAUUAGAACAGAUUGUGAGUGUUGGAAAGCACGUUAAAGGCUACCAUUAUAUCAUUGCAAACUUGGGAUUCAAGGAUAUUUCUCUUGAGAGAUUUAUACACGGUGGAGCCAAUGUUACAGGAUUCCAGUUGGUAGAUUUUAAUACACCUAUGGUGACCAAAUUAAUGGAUCGCUGGAAGAAACUAGAUCAGAGAGAAUAUCCAGGAUCUGAGACACCUCCAAAGUAUACAUCUGCUCUGACUUAUGAUGGAGUACUUGUGAUGGCUGAAACAUUCCGAAGUCUCAGAAGACAGAAAAUUGAUAUUUCCAGGAGAGGAAAUGCUGGAGAUUGUCUGGCAAAUCCAGCUGCUCCAUGGGGCCAGGGAAUUGACAUGGAGAGGACACUCAAACAGGUUCAAAUUCAAGGACUAACAGGAAAUGUUCAAUUUGACCACUAUGGACGUAGGGUCAAUUACACAAUGGAUGUGUUCGAACUAAAGAGCACAGGACCUAGAAAGGUUGGGUACUGGAAUGAUAUGGACAAAUUAGUCUUAAUUCAAGAUGUACCUACUCUUGGCAAUGACACAGCAGCUAUUGAAAACAGAACAGUUGUUGUAACCACUAUUAUGGAAUCCCCAUAUGUUAUGUACAAGAAAAAUCAUGAAAUGUUUGAAGGAAAUGACAAGUAUGAAGGAUACUGUGUAGAUUUGGCAUCUGAAAUUGCAAAACAUAUUGGUAUCAAGUAUAAAAUUGCCAUUGUCCCAGAUGGAAAAUAUGGAGCAAGGGAUGCAGACACAAAAAUCUGGAAUGGGAUGGUAGGAGAACUUGUUUAUGGGAAAGCAGAGAUUGCUAUUGCCCCUCUGACAAUCACUUUGGUCCGAGAGGAGGUCAUUGACUUCUCUAAGCCCUUCAUGAGUUUGGGCAUAUCUAUUAUGAUCAAAAAGCCUCAGAAAUCUAAACCAGGAGUGUUUUCCUUCUUGGAUCCUCUGGCCUAUGAAAUUUGGAUGUGCAUAGUCUUUGCCUACAUCGGUGUCAGCGUGGUCUUGUUCCUGGUUAGCAGGUUUAGUCCAUACGAGUGGCACACAGAAGAGCCGGAAGAUGGGAAGGAAGGACCCAGCGACCAGCCUCCCAACGAGUUUGGCAUCUUUAACAGCCUCUGGUUUUCCCUGGGUGCUUUUAUGCAGCAAGGAUGUGACAUUUCACCCAGAUCGCUCUCAGGACGAAUUGUUGGAGGUGUUUGGUGGUUCUUUACACUCAUCAUUAUAUCAUCUUAUACUGCUAACCUCGCUGCUUUCCUGACGGUUGAGAGAAUGGUCUCCCCUAUAGAGAGUGCAGAAGAUUUGGCCAAACAAACAGAAAUUGCCUAUGGAACACUGGACUCAGGGUCAACAAAAGAAUUCUUCAGAAGAUCAAAAAUAGCAGUGUAUGAAAAGAUGUGGACCUACAUGCGAUCAGCAGAGCCAUCAGUGUUCACUAGGACUACAGCUGAGGGAGUAGCUCGUGUCCGAAAAUCCAAGGGCAAAUUUGCCUUUCUCCUGGAGUCCACUAUGAAUGAAUACAUUGAGCAGCGAAAGCCAUGUGACACAAUGAAAGUUGGAGGAAAUCUGGAUUCAAAAGGCUAUGGAGUAGCAACGCCCAAGGGCUCUUCAUUAAGAAAUGCUGUUAACCUCGCAGUUUUAAAACUGAAUGAACAAGGCCUCUUGGACAAAUUGAAAAACAAAUGGUGGUACGACAAAGGAGAAUGUGGCAGCGGGGGAGGUGACUCCAAGGACAAGACGAGUGCCUUGAGCCUGAGCAACGUAGCAGGCGUCUUCUACAUUCUGGUUGGCGGCUUGGGCUUGGCAAUGCUGGUGGCUUUGAUAGAGUUCUGUUACAAGUCCAGGGCAGAAGCGAAGAGAAUGAAGCUGACCUUUUCUGAAGCCAUAAGAAACAAAGCCAGAUUAUCCAUCACUGGGAGUGUGGGUGAAAACGGUCGCGUCUUGACACCUGACUGCCCUAAGGCUGUACACACUGGAACUACAAUUAGACAAAGUUCAGGAUUGGCUGUCAUUGCAUCGGACCUUCCAUAA